CAAGAUUUCAAGCGACCACGAAGGCAGGAUGGCGUGCGCACCGAGCAGCCCCCGCCCGCGCAUGCUCGUCGGGAGCCCGCGCAAGCUGCUGAAGACGAAGAAGCUGCUGCGCGGCCAUGCGCUCUACAACGCCAAGUACGACUACGUGGAAGAUGCGCUCGAGACGACGCUCUCGGCCUCGACGGUCACAACGAGCGACGGCGACUGGAGUGCGGGCAAUCGCACCUUGGGCAACACGGGCAGCUUUGCGUUGCAAAUGCCGGCACCCAUAACGUCGCCCAAGGUGUUGCACCAGGGCCAGUUUCUGCACUGGGCCACGCCGCACGCGCUGCCAACGCGAGCGCGAUGCGCCAUGACGCCCGACUGCAAGGCGCUCUUGGACCACUUGAACGCGGUUCGAGCUCGCCCGAGCACCGCUGCGCCGUUGGCCUUCACCGUGUUUGAUGCGACCGAGGCCCACCGCUGGACUGCGGCGCAGACCGCCUUGGCGUCGCAGUUAUGCACCGAGAUGAUCCCGCUUGUGCCAGCGCCAAGCCCGACGUCGUACAAGGGUCACGUCGCCAAGCACAAGCGCGUCGAAGAGCUCAUGGGCUGCCCAAAGACGGUCGCACCGUGGCGCCGCGAUGCAGCGACGUCCGCGUGAUGACGCCGAUGUUCGUCGUUCUUGUUGGUGGUGCUGUCUCUCUGGUCGUCGCUGUACGUGUAUUUAUUCCCAUAUAUCGUAAUUGGAUUGUUGUUCUUGACGUG